AUGGCCGCAAUCACCAUUGCAAACAAGCGGGCUGGUGUUUUGCUGCAUAAGUUGAUCUUGCUAGAGUUGAUCCUGGCCAUGGCCCACGGAACCUUCACUUUUGUCCCCGAACCAGCGUACGGUUGGUAUCUGGCGUCGACAGCAACUGGACUGAUUAUCUCCUGGUCACUGCAUAAUGUGAUUUCCUGGAUGAAGAACCGGCUGUUUAUGGGCCGCCGCCUUUCGCUGUUCUAUAUUGGGGCAAUUAUCCUGGUCCAGCCGUACUGGGCGAUUGAGAUUUACGCUAAUUUUGCCUACUUCAACAAUAUUAAUGUCCUAGUCUAUGAGAAGAUCCGGCCGUGGGAAGCACUCUUCCGCGAUCCCUGGUGGAUAUACACAACUUGUAAUCUUUUCUGGGUGGUCAAAACCUAUUACAAUUUCGGCAUCUUGGAGUUAGUGCAGGAAUGUCCGCGCUUUGGCCUGAUGCUGGGAUCCAUGUGCCUCUCCAUCGCAUGUAUGGGAGCGGACAUUGCGAGCGUUACUGGGGCUCUCCGCUCGGCGAUGCCCUUGGGGACCAAUCCAUUCUGGAAGAAAUUAAACUAUAGGGCCCAUCCAACCUUUGGCGCUGAGCAUCCUUUCCAGAACACCCGGGACGGUCCGAUAUCAUACGAGUAUCUCAUGGUAGGAUUAAAUUUCGGUAAACCGGGCCUGUGUACUCCCUCAAUCUCGGAGCAAAAAGCAAUUCAGGCAAACUCGCAAAGUGAGGUCGGGCAUGCCUUCCACCGCGGACUCUCGAAGGCGUCGGGGUGCUCUCACCUGCGAGACCUGUCGAGCGAGGCGUACAAAAUGCGACGGCCUGCUAUGUGA